AUGGAGGGCAGAAAUUUUGGGUACUCUCGAGAAUAUUACGACCGCUUUGUCCAAAGUCAAGAUUCAUCUGUUGUAAACAAAUUCCAGCAGAAGUACUGGAAAACCAAACAGACUCUUAUUAAAGUCACGGGAAAGAAAGAAGACGAACAUGUCGUGGCCUCUGAUGCUGACCUUGACGCCAAACUUGAGGUGUUUCACUCAGUCCAGAGAACAUGCAUGGAGCUACUGAAGGUCAUUGAGCAGUACCAGAGAAGAAUCUGCUUGCUGUCACAAGAGGAGAAUGAGCUGGGCCGUUUCCUAAGGUCACAGGGUUCCCAGGACAAGACCAGAGCCGGAAAGAUCAUGCAGGCCACUGGGAAGGCCCUGUGCUUCUCCUCACAGCAAAGGCUGGCUCUCCGCAGCCCUCUCUGCAGGCUUUACCAGGAGGUGGAGACGUUCCGGUACCGGGCCAUCUCCGACACCUGGCUCACCGUCAACCGAAUGGAGCAGUCCAGGACGGAGUACCGCGGGGCACUGCUCUGGAUGAAAGACGUGUCCCAGGAGCUGGACCCUGACACCUCCAAGCAGAUGGAGAAGUUUCGCAAGGUACAAGCUCAGGUGCGUCUAACCAAAACAAGCUUUGACAAACUAAAGAACGACGUCUGCCAAAAGGUAGACUUGCUGGGGGCCAGUCGUUGCAAUCUCCUCUCCCAUGUCCUAACCACCUACCAGACAACACUCCUGCAUUUCUGGGAGAAGACAUCCCACACUAUGGCUGCCAUACAUGAGAGUUUUAAGGGAUACCAGCCAUAUGAAUUUACAUCACUUAAGACCUUAAAAGACCCCAACAAUAAACUGUUGGAUCAGGGAACAAAGAAAAAGGGGAAGAAGAAGAUGAAAGGAAAGAAAGAAGAUGGGGAGAAAGCAGCAGAGAUGGAUGAUCAGCUUAUUUCAAUAGAUGAGGUAAAUCACAAUAAGGAGUCCAGUCAAGCAGGUGCUGUGACUGAUCCAGACAGCUCAGGACAUCAGCUUUGCAGAGAUGUGGGUUUGGGUCAAAUGCAAAAAACAGGGCUUGAGGACCUGCUGUCCGACGGCCAGGAGCAGGAGGCUGGGGAACGGGAUGAGAUGGCCCUGCUGAACGAGAUCCUCAACAGCUCCUCCCUGGAGGAGGGGGACUUCUCCCAGCAGUGGAGCGCGGUGUUUGGGGAGGAUGACCUGGCGGGCAGCGCCAGCAGGGCGGGCCAGGUGGACACUCCCCCCGAGGAGUCCUCCUGCUUUCUUCCCUCCCAGCUCCUGGACCAGAACAUGAACAGCCUCCAUUCUCCUUUCUCCAAUUGGGCCAUGAGCAUUCCACAGCCUGUUUCCCAGGCAACCGAGCCAUCAUCUGGAGCCAAUCAAGACUCCACAAAGCCAGCAGCUAGAGAAACCUUGGAGGCAUCUAAAGAUCUCUCAGCAUGGUUCAACCUUUUUGCUGAUUUGGACCCCUUGUCCAAUCCAGACGCAGUGGGGAAGACAGACAAGGAGCAUGAGCUGCUGAAUGCCUGAGUUUACCUCCGAUCCAGGUUUCAAACGUUUUAUUUUUCAGAGAAAAGGAAAACGGUUUCCUAAUCACAUGCAUAACCACUAAAACUGCUGUGUCAUCGCUUCCUCCAUGGUGAGGCAUUGCCCCGUCAGAGCUGACUGUAAAUGCUGCCAGAAAGACUGAACAUGAUUGAACAACCAAAGGAUGCUUGAAAGCCUUCCACAUAAGGUCUCUGUUGCCUUUUUAACCAUCAUCUCACAAAAAAAUUAUUUUCAAUCACAAACACUGGUGUUUUAUCAACAGGUUAAGAUUUGAGGCUUUUUGAUUUAAACAUGAUGUGAAAUACACUUACUGUAAUAUGCCCUGCCACUAAUCAACCUGUUAUCAACAUUAAGAUAUAGGUCCAAAUCUACAUUUUAUGUUUUUCUUAAAAAGAUAAAACAGUGCAUAAAUAUUGCCUUUGAUGUACAUGCCCUGAAAUGUUUAUAUCACUAAUAACAGUGAAAUAUAGUAAAGUAGAAAUGUAGAUAGUCAAACAAUAUUGUUGAGAGGCUUAAUUUAGAAAUGGAGAGCCACUAUCAGACUGCUAAUCCCUCAUCCCCCCCCAUCCCAUUUGAACUGUACCCACAAGGACUACCUAUAUAUUUGAAUAAAGUUCUUGAUGCAACUUGAAAUGAUAAUUUACCAAUGUGGUGCUUUUAGUAGCAAAUUAAAGGCUGUUAUUCAGCCCAAAUCACAAGGUGGCACCUAAUGUAAUAUACACUCAGUGAUUACUUUAUUAGGUAGACCUGUACACCAGCUUGUUAAUGCAAAUAUUUAAUCAGCCGAUCAUGUGGCAGCAACAAAAUGAAUAAAAACAUGGUCAAGAGGUUUAGCUGCUUUUCAGACCAAAUGUGGGGGGGAAAUGUGAUCUAAGUGACUUUGACCAUAGAAUGAUUAUUGUGACCAGACAGGGUGGUUUGAGUGUCUCAGAAACUGCUGAUCCCCUGCUGACGUGACAGUAACACAAAAAACCACACAUUACAACAGUGGUAUGCAGAAGAGCAUCUCUGAACACACAAAAUGUCAAACCUCUAAGUGGAUAGGCUAUAGCAGCAGAAGACCAGUAAGUCUAAUAAAUGCAUAAUGAAGUACUCAGUGAGUGUAUAUGCAUUACUUGUAGUGAUGACCUGUUUGAUCAGUGAGUGGGACAGUUUGGAUGUGAAUUUGCCUUUGUCAGUGGUGUAAAAUGGCAAGUCAAUGCCUAGGAUGGUAGGAUUUAAAAUAUAACUAUCAUGUUAAAAUAUAUACGCCUUCACUUAAAGAGAAAAUAUAACUGUAAAAAGGUUCUUAAUGGAAUGAAUGUAUUCUACACAGUUAAAAGAAAUAUGCUCAAAAUUUGCUGUUUUUCUGUUAAAAUCAAACGUUUUAUUUUGUACACAAUAUGUCUUGGGAAAAAUAUAAUGCUGAUACAAAUAUAUCAUAUCUGAGUUAUUGCAGUGAUGCACAAAUUAACAUUUUGUUUUGUUGACAUGUUUUGUACUUGCAUGCUGGAUUUUUUCUUCAAGGUUUUUUUGUUAGAUUCUGAAGUACUUGCAUAAGCAGUCAGAAAAAAACAAACUUUGCUUUAUGAUGUCUGUCAUGAGUAAAGCCAACAUGAAGUCAGAGAGGAUUAGUCAUAUCUCCCAGGGAAUAUUUUGAUCCUGGACUGCUGACUUAUAGUAUAUAUUUGUGUGUGCAGAUAGUGUUUGUCAGUGUUUUUAAAUAUUGUUAAAAUUUGAUUAGGGGAUACAUUUAAUAUAAAUACAAAGAAAAUGCUAAAGUGCUUCCUCAAAAUACAUGUAUGUUUUACUUUUUUGGUCAAAACCCAUACCCUUUUCAAAAUAAAAUGUUUCUUAAGUUAUGAUAAAAAGCAAUUCUCCCCUAAGUAUGGUCUGGAAUAUGGUAAUUUUACAUUAUUUAUUAAUUAUUUAUUGCAAGGGUGAAUUUAGCUAUCAGAGACUUUAUUAAUUGAAAAACUGGGCUUUUAUUUUGUUGUUCACUGCUUGUUACUUGCAUCAGAAUGUGGCAGUAUCAGACAUUACAGCAAAGUACUGUUACCUUGCAGACAUUUUGAUAUGGGAGCUUUACAGCCUUUAUUUUUAUUUAUUUACAGUAAACAUUUGUCAAUUAGAAAUAUCACAUGGGCUUUAAAUGUGUUGUUAAUAUAGGCUGAAAGCCAGAUUUGUACAGAUAGUUUAAGAGCGUGUUUUAUUCUGUCAUCACAGUUUAUCUGAAGGCGAACACUUGGCCUCAUUACUUUCUCUUUGCCAAAUGGAUAGGAAUCAUGAACUAAUAAUAAGUUAAUAAAAAGUGACUGCACCUUG